AUGUAUUUGGCGUGUAAAAUUGAGGAAUCGCCGCAUCACAUCAAAACCGUUAUUUCAGAGAUGAAAAAAUUGACCGAAGAUAAAGGUGGAUUUCCUUAUGAAAACCAUAAAGUCGCGGAAAUGGAGUUCUACUUGAUGGAAGAACUGAACUUCAAUAUGAUUGUUUUUCAUCCUUAUCGUACGUUGAAAGCAUUAGCUGACGAGAUCCUUGGUGAUAAAAACGAAGGGGGUGUGCAGAUGGCUUUGUUUAUAGUGAAUGAUACUUAUAGGACGGACAUGUGCCUCCUAUAUCCUCCACACGUAAUCGCUGCCGCCGCUCUCUAUUUUUCGAUCGCCAUUAAAGAAGGUCAAUAUAAUGACAACGGCUCCGUCGGAGAAAGCAAUGGACAAGGUGUUGUGACCAGGAAUUCUCGAAAAAUUGCCAAUAACGAAAGCAGUAAUGACGAGAAUACAAAGGUAAAGGACAUAAGGCAAUGGUUUGCGGAGUUGAACGUGGAUUUUGAGCAGAUCACUUGCAUUGUCCAAGAACUGAUAUCAUUAUAUGAAUUGUGGGACGAGAAUCUUCAUGAGAUCCAAAUAAUUCUACAAAAGCUGAAAAAAUGA